UUAUCUUCAUUUAACUGAAUAUUUUUGAAGAUUACAGGACAGCUAUUUUGUCCAGCUUGUCUCAAUUUGAGUUGGUCUCAUGUGUCUUCAAUGCUGAAAUCAGGCUGUGCAUUUUUGGCAGGAAUGUCACUGAGUGACACUAUGUCCUGCUCAGAGCAUCAUGUCAGGUGGUGCAAGAUGUUGGUUUGUCUCAACACUGGUGUUGUCAAUAUUGUACUAUUAAUAUUGACUAAUGUAUUAUUAAUAUUGUUAAUAUUGACUAAUCUUGUGAUGUUCAUCCACCACAUUUUGUUCUUGUGAAGUUUACUAUUCUUCAUUUUGUAAUUAACAGGUAAUUAGUGGGGAGGUAUUUUAGAGCAUGUAAAUAUCCUGUUUCUCAUAUUUCAUUCACUAGUUUUUAGUAUCUAUUUACCAUUUUUAACUCUACCAUUCCUUCUAUACACAUUAUUAGGAUCCCUGCUGACAGAAAUAAUAUUUUCUUCUCCACUAAUAAUUUAUAAAUAUAUCACUAUGAGGUUUUAGAUUCUUACUUCUCUCAAUUCAUUAGCAUUAUUUCUCUUAAUGCCCAAAAUGUCCCAGCGUUGAACAGUGGCAGUCCUUUUAAACUGGCUUCUGUUUCUUUUCCAUGUGUCCCUAUGAUUCUUGGAGCAUUUUCUUACGUUUUGGGGAAGUAUGUGAUUCUUUUCUCAGGUAACAAGGAAUGAAUGAUGAAGGGGGAAAAUGCAAGUUCUGAAGGCUACUUUAUUCUACUUGGUUUUUCACAUUGGCCUCAUCUGGAAGUAGUUCUCUUUGUGUUUAUCUUGAUGUUCUACUUGAUGACAUUGAUAGGCAACCUCUUUAUCAUUGUCUUGUCAUACCUGGACGCCCAUCUCCACACUCCCAUGUACUUCUUCCUCUCAAACCUCUCUUUUCUGGAUCUCUGCUACACCACCAGCUCCAUCCCUCAGUUGCUGGUCAAUCUCUGGGGCCCAGAAAAGACCAUCUCUUAUGCCGGUUGCAUGACUCAACUUUACUUUGCCCUUGCACUGGGAACCACAGAGUGUGUCCUCCUGGUGGUCAUGUCCUAUGACCGUUAUGCAGCUGUCUGUAGACCCUUACAUUACACCGUGCUCAUGAACCCUCGUUUCUGCCACCUGUUGGCUGUGGCUUCCUGGGUCAGUGGCUUUACCAACUCAGCACUUCAUUCCUCCUUUACCUUCUGGGUCCCCCUCUGUGGACAUCGCCAAGUGGACCAUUUCUUCUGUGAAGUUCCAGCACUGCUGCGAUUAUCGUGUGUUGAUACCCGUGCUAAUGAGCUGACCCUCCUGAUCACAAGCUCCAUUUUUGUUUUCAUACCACUCAUCCUGAUUCUCAGCUCAUAUGUUACCAUUGCCCGUACUGUGCUGAGGUUGCAGUCAUCAACCAGACUUCAGAGACUCUUUGGAACAUGCGGAGCCCAUCUUAUGGUUGUGUCCCUCUUUUUCAUUCCAAUCUUGUGCAUAUAUCUGCAGCCACCAUCAGGAAGUUCUCAAGAACAAGGCAAGUUCAUUGCCCUUUUUUAUACUGUUGUCACACCUAGCCUCAACCCUCUAAUCUACACUCUCAGAAACAAAGAUGUAAGAGGGGCAUUAAGGAGACUAGUGGGACAGGAGAGGCCUGCGCACUCAUGACCUUCACAGGACAACACAGUGUCUCCUCAGUAAGGACUUGUCUGCAUAUAUCCAUCGUCUUCUCUUCCAUUUACUCACUCAGCACCAGUGGAGUGUG